AACCACAGCAUACUCCAACAAAAGGUAUAAAAAAUGUUAGUUACUCUAGUAAUUUAAGUCAUACUAAUCUCCACACGCUUGAGAUAAACUGGUCUAAUGCAAGAUGAUCCCGCUGCGUCAUUAUUAUUAUUAUUAUUAUUAUUUUUACUCUUAAUUUUCUAAGCAAUAUUUAAAUGCAUAUCUUUACCGACACCUAAAAUAUAGAUAGCCACAGGAAAUUUAAACUUUCUGCUCAAAGAUUUUUGUAUUUGAAGGGUUAUUGGUUGCAUCCUUAUUAGUUAAGAACAAGUAGAGAAACAGAAAAUUAGGAAACGGAUAAGAAUUUUGAUCCCACUCAAAAAUUUCAAGUAUUUACACUAUUUUCAAACGGGCAAAACUACCACCCUGGCAAACUCCGACAUCCUCUCGUACUUGCAGUUGCUUAGAACAAAGAUACGUAUUGUUCGCUCAGCAUAAUCCGGGACGAAGAUAUGCGCUUUAAAAAGAUUGGGAUCAGGCUUAGGAUUAGAUCGGUCAUUUUACAAACACUUAACAGACAUUUCGUUGCGCGUACAGGGCAGUUAAUUUGUACCCCUGCUUAAACUUGAUACCAUAUAUGGGGCAGCCUCUGCUUCCCAGAGAGAAUGAUGGAGGUCUGCGAGGUUGUUCUAACUUUGUCUGUGGACGUAAUUCUACGCUUUGAUCGUUAGCAUGGUACCAUUUUGUUCCUUUGUUUUUUGGCAUAGUGCAAAAUGAAAUUUGUCAGUUACUAUGCGUGAUUGCUUGAUGGAUGUGUUAAAGUGUUCAGAUGAAGGGUAUAAGUGCAGUUUGAAGCAAUGCAGCGAGUAAUAAUUUCAAAGAGGAUUUUACUAACUAGGCCCCCUACGCCCCCGUCACCCUUCGGGGGGAAGGGGUUGUAUCGUGCACCUCCAGAUUUUGAGGGUUUAACAUUAACAAUCCUUCCAGUGAAACCCUUACUGCACAAACUGUUUAUAACACACAUUACUGUCACGACCUGUUAUGUUUAAAAGACAACUUCUUUUAGUAUUGAAAGGAAUGUAAGGCCGAUUUUAUUUUACUUUAAUCUUAUUUAGGCAUAUCCACUGUUAUGGAGUAUUGUAAAGGCGGGAGGCCAUCGUGGACUGCAAGAAUGUCAAAGGCAGUUCAAAAAUGAGAUUUGGAACUGUACACUAGACCAGAACAAGCCAGUGUAUAAAGAGCUCCCCAUUUUUGUUAAAACAACGUUACCUUAUGGUAAGGGUUAUUUUCAGUAUUUUAAAAUACUUUUCAUUUCCUUUUUUUUCACAACUUUUCCCUUUUCUCCACGAAUUUUGCUGCCUAAGAAAAGUUUCAUGUGUCCCUUUCAAGUCGUCUUGAUGGGACACGAUAUGAUUGUUUUCACUGAGAAACAAUUUAUUACUUUAUAAUCAUUUAAGCAAUAAAAAAACAUUUUCCAUGUUUGCAUAUAGCCUGGUAUAAAUUUAACACGAUACGGAUUGGGAGAAUUCGAGACAGUCAUGCAAACUCGACGAAGUCGGUACCAUUAUGGCGCGUACACAGCGAAACAUCGUGACGUCACAACCGUGUUUACAUACUCCGAUGAAAGCACGCCUCUCGGCCAGUAAGAACGCACGUACCAUCUUAGCUAUUUCAAAAAAGGAUAUACACUGAUUGUUUCGUUAUGAUAACGCGGAACCCCGUCAAUAUAAAUUGCAUGCACAAGCCUGUAGUGCCUUGUUGCCUGAUUCCUCGUCAUAUCUGCAUCAUAUUUUUUGUUAAUCAUCGCAAUAGUCCACUUUCGCGAAUUAAAAAAUUACCUCUGAAUAUAAACAUUAACGACACAUUCAUACAGGGUUAGCCUCGACGUAAAGUAAAAUAUUCAGGAAUUCUGGCAAGUAAGUGUUUGAAAUUUGAAUAUGACACAUAUAAACAGGUCUUUUUCUCGUUGGAAUUUGUGAAUAUAUUACUUCAGAUUGAGGCUAAGGCUGUAAAAAAUGCGUCUUCACUUCUUUAAUUCAGCGGUCAUAGCGAACUCGAAAAUGGGCUAUUUUGCUAGUUAGUUCGUAUACUUCUCCGUAGUCGGGCUGAAAACAAUAUUUUCAUUGGAGCCAAAAACUCUGCUCCAAUGACAAACUCGUUCUCAGUAAAUUAUUCGAAAAAUAUGUUUUACCAUUAAUCUGCCAACAGGUAUUAGUUGCUAACUCCUGGUCAUUAUCUCCAGAUAUAUUUGGCAGUUUCUAACCUUUUUUAUUGUUCUCUAACAGCUAAUAAAGAGACAGCUUUUAUUCACGCCAUUAGCACCGCGGCCAUCAUAUAUGAGAUCAUAAAUCAGUGUAGACUAAACAAAAUACCUGGAUGUGGCUGCGCGGACGUUAAAAAGCAGCGGGAAGGCAAUGGCGACUGGCAGUGGGGUGGAUGCAGUGAUAACAUAAGGUUCGGUGAAAAGGAGACCAGGCAUUUUAUCAACAGACUUGAAACUGGACUUGACGCCAGAACAGCUUUUAACUUACACAACAAUGAAGUUGGAAGAAAGGUACAUUUGUCAUCUAGUAAUUGUUUCACUAUUCGAACCAGUCAUAACAUUUGUUCCUCGGUAGUUCCAGGAUAUGGGAAAAAUUUUGUUUCUAGGAGAUUUUCGUCAAAUAGCGCAUGGUUUUUAUCCGUUAAGUGGUAUUUUUGCAAUUCUUCUUUUCGCUUUUUAUAGGUAAUAGUUUAGCUAUUUUGUCUUUACAUAGCAGGUGAAAUCUUCCUUCAUUAUCUCCAAUCUGACAAAUCAAAAAAGCUGAGCGACCAACCCGCCCUCUGUCCCUUUUCUGUAGGUUGUAAAUCAGUAGAGGUGACGUUAACUGUACUAUUAUCAGAAAAAUCUCCCAAAUCUGUAAACCUUUGAAGUGUUUUCCGGGGGAUGGAUUCAAUCCGUCUUUCAGUACUUUUCAAAAGCCCAAAACCUAAUAGUUUCUUUGUCGCCUCAUGUUAGGGAAUCCAGAUUCGAGAAUCCGGGAAAUACUUGCUUGUGGUAUCCGGAAUCCAUGAAAUUUUUACUUGUGGAAUUUGGAAUCCUGGGCUUUGGGAUCCGGAAUACAGCACCAGGAAUUCGGAAUCCCACCAAGGAUUGGAAUCUGAAAUCAAGUACCUGGAUUCCGGAAUCCACAACGUGGAAUCUAGAAACCAAACUGUCUUCGAUUCCUUUGCAUGGGGCGAUUCUUUUAGCCUCUCUCGCAGGCAUUUUUAGGGGAGCUCUUUUUUCAUUCCUCCCCACAAACGCCUGCUCAACCGAAAACAACAUUCCUUUCCCACUGUUUUAUUUGCGUGGUAAGUGACCAAUCAACAGUUGUGCAAUGAAGUGUUGACAGGCUAAACUCGACUAAAACGUGACCCUAGAGUUACCGUUUUCGUUCUUUUCUUUCCUUCGCUAAGGUUAUGCAAUGCAUGGAGUAUUCUAAAAUUUGACUAAAUCUUAUUUUUGCCGCUAUGAAUCUAACACUUAUUAGAGGUCAGAAAGCUUUCCCAGUGUUUCAUGCAGAUCGAGUCAUUAUCAGAUUACCUUGCGGUCAAGGUUAACUUUCCAGAAUUUGGAAAGUACAAUGUGAAAGGGAACGGAAUGCUGUCUUCGGUUGAGCGGGCGUUUGUGGGGAGGGAUGAAAAACGAGCUCCCCUAAAAACUCAUGCGUGGGAGGCUACGAUUCUUUGUGAGGGAAAUAUAAAGACACAAACAACGUAACUUCGGCUUCUCGAAGUUAUACUUUUCUUGAACUGAAAAUGAAAAUGCUCACUUUCUCACCUCAUCCUGUGUAAAUCUUCCUCACCGCAGUACUCCAUGGUUGUUUUUAUUUACCCAAAACUGUUGGUUCUUAGGGCAGAGCAACAUUAAAUGGGUGGGUGGGUAGGGACGACUUUGUUGUGGUUUGAUUACAGGGUAGUAUCGCGUAUAGAUGGAAGACUCUCGAGAGUUUUGUGGGAAGUGGAAUAUGCCUAUAUCAGAACAGCUAAGUGCUCUCCCAUGAUGGGAAUUACCAGUGUUAAAACCAGUGUGAUCUUUUUGUCGUUGUUUUUUUUUUUCACGAAGUUUUUUUUGCUUUCAAUAACAGGUUGUUCGUUUAAGUCUUAAAAGGGAAUGCAAAUGUCACGGCGUCACUGGAAGCUGCAAUUUGAAAACUUGCUGGAGGCAACUGACGCCCCUUGACGUCAUCGCAUCAAAACUGAAGCUGAAAUACCGCAAUGCGGUACGCGUUGUAUCUGUUGACAAUAAGCUUCAAGAGAAGGUCAGGAGCAAAUUAACAUCGAGAAUGGACAAAAAGCUUGUAUAUCUCGAAGAAUCCCCAGACUACUGUAAACCAAACAAAAUCACUGGUUCUCCAGGAAUGCUGGGAAGAACAUGCAGCAGCGAAGACGUAACAACGAACAGAUGCAAAACACUAUGUCAGUCGUGUGAGCUGAAACCCGUAACCGUGCAACGUUCCAAGACAUUCGACUGCAGAUGUCAUUUCUUGUGGUGCUGUAGCAUCAAAUGCGAGUCAUGCAGCAGAAAGUAUUCGGAAACGACGUGCACCUCAAGGGGAAAAAAACCAUAA